CGUGAAGUGCUUUCAUUUUUGGACAGCAUCAAAUUUUAAAACUACGACGUGCAUUUUCCAGUUCACUAAACUUGGCUCUUCAUUAGAGGGCAGUGCUCAUCAUUUUGUUUUGCCUUUUUUUUUUAUACCAAAACAACCGCUAUGAGUGGUCUUACAGCGUUCUUGCAAACAGAACUUUUGACCCUUUCAAGCGAAGCUAGAAGAAAGCAUCCAGAAAUUAAAGAAGCAGCAGAAAGACUUGGUGUCAUAUUAAGAAGCUUCAAAGAGAGGCCUGGAUACAGUAUUGCUAAUGAGUUGGCGAAAACUGACGACGCUUUAAGGCCAUUCGUGCUGGCAUGCGAAACAAAGCAAGUAAAGCUGAUUACCAUUGCGAUUGGAUGCAUACAAAAGCUUAUAUCAUUUCAUGCUAUACCAGAGACCUCCGUCAGGACAAUCCUGCGUACCUUGACAGAUAUAAGUGUGCAUGGAGUAGAUAUUCAACUUAAAAUAUUACAAACAGUUUUGCCAUUAUUGAACAAUUAUAGAAGUGUUCAUGAUGAUAUUUUGGCAGAAGCACUCCUCAUCUGUUUUCGAUUACAAGACUCGAAAGCUAUGGUAGUCAACAAUACAGCAGUAGCAACACUACGUCAACUUGUCAUAUUCGUAUUUGAUAAGGUAACCAAAGAGGAUUCACUCGGCUUACAACAAUCAGAUGCAACGCAUGAAAUAGAAAUAAGCUCAGGAGAAAAGAUUAAAUUACAUCCAUGCGCCAAGGAUGCGUAUUAUUUAUUCCAAGAUUUAUGUUUAUUAACAAACGGGGAUCCACCAGAAUAUCUUCGAUUGAACCACCUAUCAAAGACAUUUGGAUUAGAGUUGAUCGAAAGCGUAUUAACUAACCACUAUGCACUCUUUCGGGAGCACAAGGAGUUAAACUCCAUUCUGAAAGAACGAGUCUGCCCGAUGUUUAUCAAAAACUUUUCGGAAAAGAGUGAAUUCUCCCAAACGAUGAGAUUAACAAGAGUCGUCAAUAUUUUGAUCAAACAGUUUAGUCAAAUCUUGAUUAUGGAAUGUGAAGUAUUCUUGUCCAUGUUUGUGAAGAUAUUAGAACCAGAGAAUCCACUUUGGUUGAGAGUAUUGGCUAUGGAGGUAUUUAAGGGAGUAUGCAGCGAUGCUGCAUUAACAAGAUCCAUUUACAGCUGGUACGACCGACCUGCUAGUUCCACAAAUGUCUUUCAAGGCAUGAUCACCAACUUUGGGCGUAUAGCAACAGAAAAGCCUCAAACUAUUGGUGCGAAUCAGACAGGAAGAGACAGUAUUGAUGCAGGGUCGGGUCAUGUAGGAUAUUCAACCUAUGUGUCCCAGAGUACGUCGACAUCAGCAACGCCAGAAGGAUUGAGCGCCAUGUCUUCUACUAUGCGUAUUCAAUGCAUUGACCAGUUAGACAAAACAGAACCACCUACUAUACCAGAGACGUACAUCUUUUAUCUUUCUUUACAAUGUUUAAAUUCAAUUGCUGAUGGACUAGCUGGUUUUGCCCUCUCUCGCUUUUCUCCUGGAUCAACCAAGCUGAUCCUGGAUGAUGAUCCCAUCAAAAACGAUCUUGAUCUUGUUACUGAAAUGGCCAAUGUCGCUUGGCCCGGACUCUUAGCUGCCAUGUCAUUUUACCUAACAGCCAACCUUGAUGAAGAGUUAUUCCAGUCCACGCUAAAAUCUUACCAAAACUUCACCAAUGUAUGCGGCGUUCUCGACCUUGUUACGCCUCGUGAUGCAUUUUUAACCAACCUAUGCAAGAAUGCGAUACCUAUGAUUCCUAUUUUAUCUUCAGGAUUGAUCACUAACAGCAAUACAAAAAGUAGCACAGCAAGCGUAGCUACCAUAUCAUCUCUACAACAGACAUCAGCAGUAUCCUUUUCAGAAUUAUCUGCUCAGCAGCAACAGGCACUGGCCAACAUUACUUUAAAUGAGAAGAGCCUAUACAGCUUACGAGUACUUCUGAACAUUGUCAUGUUCUUGAGUAAUGUCUUGGGCGCGUCAUGGUACCUUGUUCUCGAAACCUUACAGUUGGCUGAUUUCUUGUUAUUCAAUCGACCUACGCCUAAAAGCUCUUCAGGCACUAGUGUAGUAGGUUCAGUAGCAACAGGAGGAGGAUCAGGAGGAGCUAGUCUGAGAAGAACCAUGACAAAUUCGUCAACAGUAGGAUUGAAUCUCUCAGCACAAGAUAUCAAUAGCCAGAUAAAAGAGUCGGAUCAUGUGGCUAUUAUCCGAGCAUCGUUCCAGCGAUUGCUUGAUAAUAGUAAAUUAUUGGAUGAUGAUUCAUUUACAGCUCUCGCUGCCUCAUUAUGUCGCCUCAGUUCUGAGAUUAGUGGAGUACCAUUUAGUGCAGAUGAAUCUGUCUUUUCUCACAAGUCAUCAAGAACAAAAAUAUAUAAUAUUAGAUCAUUUGCCAUAGACAAACUUCAAUACAUUGUAACUUUAGAUAUGAAUAGACUCAUUAGCCUAAAAAGCCAAUCACCAGGAGUAUGGGACCUGAUCAUGACACAUCUUAUUGCAACAGCCAACUAUCCAUUGACACCAUCAUCCAUUCGCACCCAAUGUUGUGAAACAAUUGCAGACAUUAUAACAGACGUCAUAAACUAUGUUAUCUCAGAGUAUAAACAAGUAGAUGAAAACAUCCAAACCCGUUUACUAUUAGCUCUCAGUCAGUGUAUCAACUAUACCCCACCAGCAAGCGAAGAAAGCCUCUUUCAAGAAACAUCUGCUAAAGCCUUCAGCGAGGUUCAAAAAAUGGCUUUAGAAACGCUUAAUAAUCUGCUUCAGACAGCAGGACAUUCAUUCACAUGCGGUUGGGGCCUUAUAUUUGAUAUGCUCCGCCACGUUGCUGUAUCAGCCAUCGGAGUACCACCGGAGAUCAUUUAUGAAGAAGCGGACGAAGCUUCAGAGACUCGAGCUAGCAUCGACACCACUGGAUCAUCUAUCAUUACCAAUAAUGCCUCAGCCAUCAGCAAUAGAACACCUUCAACCGCAGCCGCCGCAGUCGCCGCUGCCGGUUCUAUCAAGGUUGCAUUUGCCAGUCUUCAACUUAUCUGCACCGACUUUUUAUCGCUCUUAUCACCCGACUGCCUUCGUCAAUGUAUUGCUACACUUGGCUCUUUUGGUAUGCAAAGUGAAGAUUUGAACAUAAGCUUGACCGCAGUUGGACUCUUGUGGAACCUAUCUGAUUUUAUUCAAACACGACGUACUGAACUUAUGAAAGAGCAAACAGAGAAUGUACCCAUUGAUAACGAGAGUUUGAAUAUUGACAUCAGUCUUUCUGGAGCAGACAGUGAAUUUUCCAUGACCUACAGCAUUCUCUGGAUGCUACUCCUCUUGCAGCUGUCACACACGUGCACAGAUUGGCGUCCAGAGGUACGUAACGGAGCCAAUCAGACACUAUUCCGAACCAUCAGCAUGAACGGUCAUGUUCUCGGUCCUCAGUUAUGGAAUGCAUGCAUCUGGAAGGUGCUCUUCCCGCUUCUUGACUCCAUAAAGAUGUCGUCCAUCCGAGCAUCCAAGGUGGCACUUGGCAAUAGAACUCUCAUGACCAACGCAGCAGAAAGAGACAGCUCUGGCUUCAUGCUGCAUCACUCCAGGGAUACAGCCGACAAGCAGUGGGACGAAACAAAAGUGUUGAUAUUAACGGGUAUAUCAUCCAUCUUUCAUGACUUCUUGAACGAUCUUUAUCAACUAGAACACUUUUCAAGAGCAUUUACCUUACUUCUUGCGCAUCUCGAAGAUUCAUGCUUACGUUCAAGUCAAGAAGUGUCCCUUGCAAGCAUCAAGAGCCUAAAGUCUCUCGUCAGCAUUUCACCCGAAUUCGAGCACGCGGACGAACUUUUACCUCUGUGGCGUCGUACGUGGAAUACUUGGCAAGCGAUUGGCAACGGCAUCAACAAGGCUGCGACUGAUAAACCAUUGUACAGCCCGCUUGAGCAUGAACUUCAGUCACUUACAUUAUCCUUAUCGACAUCAAGCGCAGCACCUAUCUCUGAUGACUUUACCCAAGACAUGCUUACGGCUUACGUAUCCAUGUUUACCGAGAUUUACAAACUGAUACCAGAUACGUUCACACUAGAGGACGUCAGUGUUCUGCUGGACGUAUUGAGAAACGUUCUGGUAUACUCGACCAGUCCACAGUACCGUCCAGACAUUGAUCAUCUGUCACCACUGCAAGAAGCUGUACUGGAUGCCGUGCAAGUGUUAGAUAUGAGUAUGUCUGGCGUUCCUCCGUUAGUUAUUGCUGAUCUGUCAGAAUACAUGACCUUGGCAUUCCUGAGUCCACCUGAGGACAAACAAAAGAGUCGAGGCUACAUACCGCCUAGCCAACGCAAAUUUUCUACAGUGACCUACAUCGCCUUGAACAAAAAGUGCAGUCAUUUGAUUGCCGAAUUGUUCAAACAGCAUGCUCAUGUCUUGUCAAUUUACACGGAUGGCGUUUUUGAGCGUAUUAUUGGCGCUUAUGGGUUGCCUAUGAAGUUAAAAUACGACUGUCCGCCUUCUUGCCGACAUGACGAUGACAAGACGCCUCUGUGGAAGUUGGCUACAGAAAAGCUUUUGGAAAUACUUGUACUUGGCUUAGAAACACUAGAGCGUUUUGGUGAUGAGGUACCACUGGAAAGAUUUGUUGGUGUCUGGCGUACGUUAGUUGACAUACUCGAAGGCAGUCUUUUGUCGCCUAGUUCGCCACCAGAGAGUAUGAAGAUUGAAGAACUCGAUGUAGACGAGCACUUUGAUAUCUCUGUUUUGAGCGUCAUACAAAACGAUAUUGCUAUUUAUUUAGGCAAACCUCGUGUACCUAUUGAAGUGAUUCAAAAGUUGAUGAAUGUGAUCAGAGAGAGUUCGAGAUUGUAUUAUAUUGAAAAGACAGAACAGUCAGUAUCAAGUGACAUUGUUGGCACGACUGGAACGAUUGUGCCUGUGAUGAAAGAAUCAUUUGCUUAUGCUGCAUUUAUGACACUCUUUUCUUUAUGCUCAGCUGAAAACCAAGAUAACCCGCAGGUUCGUAAGCGUAUUGCUAAAGUGGCCAUACCUGUAUUACUUGAAAGAUGUGAGACAAUUCUUAGAAACUACACAGCUGAUGAACCUUUGCUAGGAAGAUGUCCGUUUCCCAGGUACUUGAUGCGGUGAGAGAGAGAAAUUACAAACGAUAGUCAAUGAAAAGCCCCCUUUCGACUGACUUGGCUUUUUUUUUUUGUUAGGGUAAGAAAAGAGGAGAUGUUAUUUUUUUUGAAGCAAGCAAUUCAAUUGAAGUUACAAGAGAAUAUUUUGACAAUUGAAGAAAACUCAAAUCCUGUAAAGAAAUUAC